AUGGAACGAAAUCUACGUCUUAUUGAAAUCUAUAGCAACCGGUUUCGAGAAGCCAAGGAGGUAAUUGGCGCCCAGCUCGCGCAACCCGAGCCUUCCGAACUCGGUGGAUUAUUGGAGGAUUUCUCUUCCAAAUGGGAAACUCUCUAUAAUCUUUUUGAAACUGUUAUCAGAGAAUCCGAAGUAGAUGACCUAGAAGCACGGGUCAAUACUAUGGAGGAAUUUAGAAGUCAGUACCAUAGAACUCGCGCGUCAGUGGAAGAAGCGAAAAGCAAGAUGGAAACUCCUACGAAUCUUCCGUCUUCGGGCAACCCAGUAGCGGAGACCUCAACACACCAAGCCUUAUCAGCCGUCGUGGCUAAAGUAACCGUCUCAAGAAUACCCGUAUUUUCGGGAGAGAUAUUAAAAUGGCCUGAAUUCUGGGGCGUUUAUAAACUAGCGGUUCAUGAACAGGACGCCUUACCCACACUAGAGAAGUUUGUUAGAUUAAAGGAGGCCUUAAGAGGGGAGGCAUUUUCGGUCAUUGAAGGUUUACCUUUAACCAGUGUCAACUACGACGUCGCUGUCGAAUUGCUAUUGCAACAUUACGGAUCAACCGAUAUCAUUAUCCAGGAGAACUUUCGUCAACUUCACAACCUCGCCGCGGUACCUUCGGGCAAUCACCAGGCCCUAAAACAAUUCUUACUGGAGAGCGAGGUCAGAAUAAGAAGUUUGGAGACUUUGGGGGUCCCGUAUGACAGCUACGCAAUACCGUUAGUAUCACUUUUCGUGGAUCGUUUGCCUAAAAGUAUCCGCAUCGCUUGGUAUCGGUCCACGGCGGAUAAAGAAACAAGACCCGACGUCAAGGAUGUGUUAGCUUUCUUGCGAAAGGAAGUGACCAGCCAAGACCGCGGUCGAAAUUCCGACAACUCCUCCAGAAAACGGGGAGCAGAAGAAGGAUCGUCGUAUCCACAUGAGUUACGCAAGGCAAGAUUAAUCCCUUCAACUGCUGCUCUAACCACUGUAUCGAAACCCGGUAGCAAUCAAGAACUGCGCAAUAAAUGCAUCUUUUGUCAUUUGACCCAUUCGCCACUCAAGUGCGCUUUACCCCUUGAAAAAAGACUAGAAGUGGUAAAAAGGGAAAAACGAUGUUUCGCCUGUCUGAGAAACGGACAUAGAGCCUCCGAUUGUCGAAACCCAAAUCCAAACUGUCGCAAAUGCCAAAGGCGACAUCACACUGCGCUUUGCCGGAAUAUGGAUAAGGGCCCGAGUAGCGAAAAGAACCCUAAAGAAGGAGGGGUAAAACCGUCUACGAGCACCAUCGAGCUAUGUACCUCGCUUCCACAACAGAAGGAGAUCUAUUUAAAGACAGCGACCGUGUUGCUUUACGGACCAUUAGGGACGUUAAAGACCACUUGCCUUGUUGAUAAAGGUAGCCAGCGAUCGUAUGUAACUGAAAGGAUUGUGACUGAACUAGGUCUCAACUUGGUUGGUUCGGAAAAAGUUUCUAUAUGUGGAUUUGGAUCCAAAGACGUCUCAAGGCCAUCUAUAAUUCGUUGCUUCCAAUUACGGGUAAGCGGAACUCACGGUAAAAAGGAGAAAGUCGAAAUGAGAGUUUUAACCACCUCUGAAAUAUGUCCGGACUUAUCUGCACCACGAGCUUAUACGGUUUCAGAGAUUGCCGAUAGUCGUGUAGCUGACGAAAGAAUCGGCUCCGUUCAUUCCCAGCCCGCCAGUAUUGACCUUUUAAUAGGAGCAGACCACUGUCAAUCAGUGGUUAACUAUAAGACCAUUUCCUGCAAAAGUGGACUACUAGCCGUAUCCAGCAAGUUCGGAUGGCUAGUAUUCGGACGAGAAAAGGAACCAGGCAUACCCAAUAUUACGACCAUUUCCCUAAUGGCGACAACCGAAACAUUUGAUCCACACCCGGGUGUCGCAGAAUCAAACCCAUUGGCCAAUUUUGAAGAGAGAAUCAGAAGAGGAUCUGAGGGGUGCUACUCCGUUCCCCUACCGUGGCGACCAAAUAAGCGAGAUCAGCUAAAAUCUAAUUACUACCAAGAGGACGCCAGAUUUCGUCGGCUAUUGCUGCGACUUCAGAAGGAUCCGAAUCUUUUCCGAUCCUACCACGAACAAAUUCAUCUAUAUCUGCAAUCCGGAUUUAUCAGCAGGGUUGACGACAAACCCGUUGACCAAGUGGGAGAACUGGAGUAUUAUCAUCCCCACAGACCCGUCGUCCGGCAAGAAGCGGUGUCCACUAAAAUUCGCCCCGUUUUUGAUGCUUCUGCUCGCGGAGAAAAUGGUCUCUCGUUAAACGACUGCCUGGAAACGGGUGAUAACCUGAAUCCGGAACUUCUAGCGGUAUUACUAAGAUUUCGUUGGAACCGCAUUGCUUGGGUGGGUGACAUUGAGAAGGCCUUUCUUCAGGUGGAAGUUCAUGCAGAAGAUAGAAAUGCCCUACGAUUCCUUUGGCUUGAGGAUCCGACCAAGAGAGAUCAGCGGUGUGUUUACAGAUGGAACCGAGUUACUUUCGGCCUAUCCCCUAGUCCUUAUUUGUUGCGGAUUGUAAUACGAAAGCACCUGAAGGAUACGGAAAACAUAGAUCCCAAGCUAGCCCAAUAUCUCGAGAACAACCUGUACAUGGAUGAUCUUUUGGCAGGUUCCGACUCGGUAGAAAAUGCGAUUUCCACCAUCGAUCAGGUGGUUGCGGGGUUCAACAAUGCCCACAUGCGGUUGACCAAAUGGGUAACGAAUGCCCCAGCGUUGAGAGUAGCACUAGGUCUACCUAAUAUCGGCUCUAUCAACCCGGUUGGUUCCCGUCUUCUUGGCGAUAAAGAAAACUCAAAGGUCCUGGGAGUCGUAUGGAAACCCGACCUGGAUUGCUGGACAUUUGAACCUAAGAAAAUCACGCGCCUUCUGCAAGAAGUCUCGGAACAAGUGACCAAACGCCAAAUGCUAAAGGCUAUGGGCAAGUGGAACACCCUGGGACUCGCCUAUUCCAGCCGAUCUUCAACGGGAUUGGUCAAAAUUAAUCAACGGGCUGACCUCCACGUCUUCUGCGACGCUUCCCAAAGGGGGUAUGCGGCCGUCGCGUACCUUCGUAGCCAAAACGGUCCAUCUUAUCAUACUUGCCUAGUGACGAGCAAGACAAGAGUGGCUCCGACGAAGAAAAUAACCCUACCACGCCUUGAGCUUCUGGGAGCCUUGCUCGCCAGCCGGUUAGCAAAUUACAUUUUACAAGCAUUCCAGUAUCCUCAUAUAGUGACGUGGUUUUGGUGUGACUCCAACGUCGCCUUGGGGUGGAUUCGGGGUAGUCUGGAUCGGUGGAAACCCUUUGUGCGCAAUCGGGUCGAAGAAAUUCGCAAAUAUUCUCAACCAGAACAAUGGCGUUAUUGCCCCGGGAAAGAAAAUCCUGCAGAUGUUGCUUCAAGAGGAUGCUCAGCUGAGGAAUUACUGCAACACGCUGAGUGGUGUGAUGGUCCAUACUGGUUGCGCAGUCACGAGGGGAGCUGGUCGACAUCCAUCCCGCCUGCAUUAUCUGAUGAGAAGCAACGAUGCAUGGAAGACGAGAUGCCACGAAUAACUACUGUCACAUCGGUUAACAGCUCCCUUCCUGAAGAUCCCUUCUCCCUUAGCAAGUACAGUUCCUUUGAAAAGGUGCUUCGUAUAACCGCCUGGAUUUUCCGGUUUUUGCGAAAUCGAAAGAAUUCAAAAGGAAACUCAGAAGAGUCCGAUAGCCCGUCUGAAGAUAUAAAAGUUGGAAAUGGACGUUCCAUAACGGUUACUUGUUUAUCCGGGCCGGAGUUAGAUCGAGCAGAGUUGUUUUGGAUCCGUUCGGUGCAAAAGGCUGCAUUCUCCCGCGAAUUUGAUGCUCUUCGAAGUGGAAGAACGGUUAGUAAAACCUCUCCAAUCGCUAUUUUAAGACCUGCGUUCGACGAAAAACAUUGUAUCAUACGCGUCACCAGUCGUCUAGCAGAUCUUUUCGCAUUCGAAGAACGAACCCCACCAGCUCUACUACCCGCCAUCGGUCAGGUGCCGGCUGAUCGAAUCAUCGAGCUGAUGAUUUGGAAUCUUCACAUAAAAUAUUUACACGCCAGUGCAAGUUUGCUAUUAAUCAAGAUGAGGGAAAAAUACUGGCUCAUCAAAGGCCGGCAGCAGAUAAAAAAGGUGAUCGGCAUUUGUGGAAGAUGCCGACGAGUCCAUUGCCGCCCUUACUCGCAGCCGAUGGGCGGUCUACCACUUGAGCGAAUCACAGAAAUGACACCGUUCCUAAUUACGGGUGUAGACUUCAUGGGACCUGUGUACGUGAAACCGCUUGAUGGGAAAAGAACGGUUCUCAAAGUGUACGUUUGCCUGUUCGUCUGUCCAGUAACCCGGGCCGUCCAGCUGGAAUUAGUCAGCUCCCUCACGGCUGAAACUUUUCUUCUGGCCUUGGAGCGCCUUAUCUCUGACAAGUGA